AUGAUUGAUUACUAUUAUUGUUAUUCCAAAAAAAAAAGCGACAUCGGUAAGAAAUGUUUAUUUAAGAAAAGCAAGAGCCAGAUAAUAGGAAGGAUUGAAGCCAACGAGGAAUUAAAAAAGAAAUAUAUUUAUAAAGAGAAUAUAUAUUAUAAUGAUGAUAAUAUAAAAAAAUAUAGUGAGCAGUAUGUAAAUAUUGAGAGUUUAAAAUUAGAAAAUAAAUUUUUUUAUCAUAAUGAAGGUGGAUGGACAAAAGAUGUAGAUAUAAGUGAACAACAAAAUAAAAUAAAAUAUAUUAAGAGGUUAGAUAAAGAUAUAAAUUUAAUUAAUAGUUUAAAAAUAUUAAUGAAUGAAACAACAAAAAUAUUAAAUAAAAAUAAUAGUAUAAAUAUAUAUGAAGAAUAUUUUAAAAAUGAUUUACAGAAUGAAGAAAAUUUUAAAAUAAAAUCUAUAUUAGUUAUUAAAGAUAAAAUGAGAAAAUAUCAAAGAUUUAUUACAUCUAUUAAAUGGUCUACAGAUAAUACAUAUAAAUUAGCUAUAUCAUAUUGUGUAAAUGAUUAUCAAAAAAUUCUAAAUAAUUCACCUAAAAAUUGUUUAUUAUAUAAUUUAAAUCAAAUUAAUAAUCCUUAUCAAACUUUAUAUUCUAAAACAUUUAUAAAAUGUAUGAGAUUUAAUCACAAGAAUUCAGAUUUAUUAUUAGCUGGUUCUUAUGAUGGCACAGUUAACUUAUGGGAUCUAAGAAAAAAAAAUACUUUAUGUGAAUCAUCAUCUAUAAAUGUAAGUCAUAAAAAUACAGUUCAUGAUAUUAUAUGGUUACAAACAAAAACAAAUAAUCAUUGUUUAUCUAUAUCGAGUGAUGGUUUAUCUUUAAUUUGGGAUAUACGAAAUUUUACUGAACCUAUUGAAUCCUUUUAUUUGAAUAAAGAUCCUUCAGAGAUAUGUGAGCUAGUCGAAACUACAAACAAUGAGUUACAAGAUCUUUCAAAAAUAUCAAACGACAUAAAUAAUAAUAAUAGUAAUAAUAGUAGUAAUAAUAAUAAUAAUAUUAAUAUAUUGCAUAAUAACAAUACAAACUUAAAUACAAUGAAUAAAUUAUUAUUUAAUAAUUCCACUUCUACCAUUACUUCUAAAAAUUUAUAUUACAGUCCAAAUUGUUUAGAAUGGAAUCUAGAAGCUGGACCAUCCAAAAUUUUAAUAGGAACAGAUGAAGGAUAUAUCUUAUCUUUAUCCAAAAGACAAGCCAAAAAUUUAGAACUACUACAAAAAUAUGGAGCAUCAAAUGAAAAACAUCUUUCUAGUAUUACAAGUAUUAAAAGAAUACCAAUCAAUUUAAAAUAUUUUUUAUCAACAGAUAAAUGGGGAUUUAAUAUCUGGUCAGAAGAUAUUAAAUUUCCAAUAAUUUCAAAUUAUUAUAAUGAAUGUGUUAUUAAUAAAGGUUUAUGGAUUUAUGAUUCUUUAUUCUUUAUGAUAAUACGAAAAGAUGGAUACUUAGAUUUCUGGAACCUACUUUAUAAUUUUAAUCAACCUAUUAUUAAACAUAAAAUUUGUAAUUGCUCAAUCACUGAAAUAGAUUCACAUGCAAAUAAUAAAUAUGUAGCUAUAGGAAACGAACUGGGAGAUAUACAUAUACUGAAACUUGGAGAUAGCUUUUGUAAAAAUUCUAGUGAAGAAAAAAAUGCACUUGAUGAACUCUUUGAGAGAGAAUCCAAACGUGAAAAAAAUCUAGAAUACAUCAGAAAACAACUUAACUGUGUCAAGAAAACAAAGGAAUAUUUAAAUGUUCAAGAUAUUGAAAUUUUAGAAGACGUAUUAAGAGAAACAGAAAAGGAAUACGAAUCAAUAACAUGA